GGCGCUUGCUUUCCAGGCAGUGCUCGAGGCGAUCGAGGCGGUGAAGAUCUGGAGAGGCUGCAAGGAGUGGCUCUUCCGAGUGGCGGUCGAGACGGCGAGCCGCGAGGCCAUCUCGGCCCAGCCCGCGGCUUCGGACGCUGGCUGUCCUGCCUGCGGGGUCCUCGCCACGUUCGAGGGGGUGCUGGACGAAGCUGGUCAGUCCCUCGGCCUGGAGCGGAAGGCCACGGGCGAGGACGUCAGGAAGCUCCUCGUGCAGGCUGGCCAGAAGUCUUUGGCCAAGGAGUGGGUCGACUUCCGUGCAGGGCGCCGCGCCUGUGGACACCCGUCCUCAGGGGUCGCGGAGCGGGUCAUCAGGGCGAUCAGCACCCUGGACAAGUCUGGAGUCGACCUCAAGGAGAUGGGGCCCAAGGAGGAGGAGUUCGUGCAGGACGGUGAGGAGAUGAUUUUGGAGUGUGGCGUCACCGAGGCGUCAACGGAAAGCGGGUCGGACAUGGUGUCACAGAGCUUGGAGAACUUCGACAUGAAUGUUGAGGUUGUGGAUUCCGCCUCCACGGUCAAGCUGGGCGAGCUGGAGUACUCGCCCGUCCUGGCCCGCUCGGUUGUGAAGGAAAAGAAGAAGAAGGUCAAGAAGAAGCUCCCGCCUGACUCCUGCGCCGACGUCCUCCCCACCUUGGCCUCGGUGGAUAUCAAGACGCGGUCGGUUCCUGCUGGCCUGGACUCGUUCGACAUCUCGGACCCGCUGAUGCUGGUCCCUGUGUGCGAGAUGCCACCUUCCACGCCAGUGGACUACGCGUCGUUCGACAUCUCGGACACGCAGAUCAAGGGCUCGAACAAUAGCGACAGAGACGUUCAGGUCCUGGAGAACACUCGUUCCUACACGGGGGCGAACGACUCCCAGAAGCCUGGGGAGGUGCUGAAGGACGCUGAGGGGCAGGUCGUGAAGCUGGACGCGAUAGAGCCUGGUCGUCCGCAGAGCCUCGUGGCUGCAAUCAUCGCUCAGUAUGGCGGCAACCUCUCCCAGGAGCAGAUGAAGAAGUAUGUCAGCGAGGCCUUCCUUCACCAAGCCAGGCUCGGCAAGGUUGGCACUCGCUGAUCACCACGGCUGCGACCUCAAGGGGGCCGAUGUGCAG